AGGGAAAGUACGUUAUGCAUUUGUUUGAGUGAGAAAUUUCGCGAUGGCUUCAUAGUAGAAAAGGGCUCAUAGUAGGAAGAUUACGAGGCAGUUCAAUGUAAUAUCACAGAUACUUUGCUCGUCAUUAUAAUACAAGAAAUAUUUUAAGCUGUUAGACAAUUGGUGCCCAAUUAACCAGACGUAGGUACUUUCUAAUGCAUUAGAAUGUGACAAGACUCUUACUAGAGACCGCAGUGACUGCCUUAUUUCCCCGCACUUAACCCCAAACACUUGACGUAAUAGGGCAUAUGUAUGAAAGUAAGGUCAAUUAUACACCAGAAACGAUAACUCGAAUGUUAAAAAGAGACUCAAUGCUAUAAUAUAUAUAUAUCGCACAUGAACAAAAAUACUGAUUGUUAAGACAACAACAUUACAAUAAAAUGCACAGACCGUCGUCGCGUAUGAUGUAUUCUAUUUGCGAAACGAAAAUUGCCCUUUGCAAGGGCUGCAAGUUAUUCUACUGUUAGUUAACAAUAGGCUUUGAUCCGGUGAAUAUGGUAUGAUAUUUAUAGACAAUAAAAUAAAAAGUUAAGAAUGAAUCAGACCUGCUAGUGAAUACCGCAACUUCUAUUGUGUAUGGACUUGUUAUACGAAUGUUAGUGCUAGCAUUCGCCAUUUCUUCUUCUACCAAUGCGCCUUUAAUGAUCAGUAAAAGUAUUCUGUUACCUCAGCUAGAUUUGACAAAUUCAAGGCAAAAGUCGAGAUGAUUUGACUCAUAGUUGUCGAGUACUUUUGAGUUUUUCCUCGGUGUCCUAUAUUCUACGUAAAGUUAUUCACGUUUUUUGUACUUCCUUAAUUUUCGAAACGAAGACUAGAAAGUUUCAGGAUAUCAAUAAAUUUGCUUAUAGCCUGAUGAGCUUGUACACAGUGUUCUGUUUAAUUAAUAUACAAUUUUGACUAUUAGAGGUAUAAAGGAUUGUCAUUAUGGGCCUGGACAAAAUAAUUACGAAGCAUCGGUAGUUACUUUCGGACGAGAUUGUCGAAUAGACUUUUCAGAGUAUUGAUAUAUUGUCCUUCACCAAUUUCCAAAUUAAACAAAUAGCUUUUAACAUAAUAUAUAAUAGAUAUUUUAAAAUCUAUUGAAAAUCAAUGCAUAUCUUCACUGAAUGCAUAAUUAGUUAAUAUUCUCAGGGUGACCAAAACAGAACCCAGGUCAUUUGCAUUUGGAUUACUGAAACAUUCGGGUACAACCAUGCACAAACAGAAGUUCAAGUGUUAUCUUCUUUUUUGUGUAGAAGUAAUUAGGAAAUUUAUGGGUUUUGUUUUUUUAGGGUCUUUCUGUAGAUGACUAAUUUUCUUGGCAGUAAAACUCUGCCUAGCGCAGUAAGUUGUUUAAAAUUAUAACGGUAUUUUCACUAUUUUAAAAAACAUAUUAUGGAUGGUCAUUUUGCCCAAAUUUUCAGACGUUUGUGUUGAAAUACAGUAUCGUAUUACUGAUACAAAUACAAUUUUCCACCUUAAAAUACAAAUGCUUCGUUUCAGAAAAAACGUUCAAAAUAUACAUUUAUAACAUAAUAAUAUUUACAUGAGAAUUAGAAUAUACACAUGACCCCUCAGAUGAAGUAUGCUGGAAACGGGUCUACCGUAUCUAACGGUCAUCAUUUGCGAAGUUACAAAUUUCUAAAACUUGAACCGGCUAUAGUUCGAAAUAUUCAUUUGAAACUUAUCUUUGUAACUUUUGCAACUUUCUGCAUUGGAGUUAUUAUCGGUUUUAAUGUGAAGGAUAUAAUGAUACAGACUUGUGGUACGGCAACAUCAUCAAUAGUACACCAACCGAUAAGAAGGGAAGUUCUCGAAGUUUCGAAACCGAAAAACGAACGCAUACCGUUCGAACAACUUCCAGAAAAAUAUCUGAAGAACAUCCCGAUGCCGCCACCAGCAAAUUCAUUUCCGUUGAGACCAUGGAAAAUAACAGACAUGAUAAAUGAUUCUUCGGAUGCAAAUCCCCCGUUUUUCCUUACAAUUCUGGUGAAAUCUGCGGUUAGUUAUGCAAGACGAAGAUUUCAAAUCCGACAGACGUGGGGAUCAAUGAAAAGUAUAGAAGGCAAAAAGAUUGCUGUGAUUUUCGUUAUCGGGUUGGCAACUUCGAAAAUACAACAAGAAUUUUUAGAAAAAGAAAAUAAAUUAUACGGAGACAUCGUUCAAGGAGACAUAAGAGAUACAUAUCGAAAUUUACCUUUAAAGGUACUUUCCGGUUACCAGUAUAUUGUUGAACAUUUUGGUAACGCCAGCGAAUACUACGUUUCUACGGACGAUGAUUGUUUUAUCAACAUUCCAAAUACAUACGAGUAUUUUACCAAUCUUGAUCCGGCUAAAAGAAAUGCUGCUCAUUGUGGAUACAUUUAUUCUGCUCGGUCGUCUCGUAUAUCAAAUCCAAGAUCAAAAUGGGGCGUGGCCGAAGAGUUCUAUCCAAUGACGCCAUAUCCGAAAUUCUGUCACGGAGGAAUGACAAUUUUAUCUCAUGAUAUUUUACGUGAUAUUUACCGCGUGUCAUUAAUCACAAAUUAUACCGGAUUUCACCUUGAGGACGUCUUGACGAAUGGAAUAUUGAGAGAAAAGUUAAACCGUGGGGACGAAAGCAUCAGACAAAUAGUUCUCCGAGAUAAAAAGACAAAUAAAAGAAAGCCGUUGAUGUGGCAUUUGGGAUAUAAAAAAGACAAAGAAGAAUCAUUUGAUGGAAUAUGGCGAGGUAUUAAACGAAUGUUGGGUUUCUAUGAUGGACCUUACGAUCCAGUAAGAGGAUAUAGGGCUGAGUUGUCUUCCAAUCUUCCGACACUUGAGGGGCUAACUCUACAAGAAACGAUUGAAUUCUUUGGUCCUGUCGUUAACCGCAAAGGUAAGGCAAGCAGGUGAUAAGAAGAACAUUGAAAGCUAUAUGUUUCGGAUCAUUUGCACUGUGUUGCUACCGCAUUUGUUUUUAAUUUGUGCCAAGUCCUUACUUUUAUCCUUCCUAUUUAAUGUACAUUUUAUUAAAAGUUUAGUUGGAUACAUUUCAAGAAAGUUCCGAUUUAUUCGUCGUUCAAUCUUGAUUAAUCAACUCUACUUUCCCAGGGAAACCGCGUAAGCCCCAUUCUCUUCUGUACCGCAUGGAAUAAUUGCAGUUUACUCUGGAUUAUACAUUUGUGUAUUCAGCGUUCACAUUCACACACGUUGUUUGAAUUCACUGUACUAUUAAUUUUUGAAAUUGUAAUACUUGAUUUAUUUUAUUGAUUUCACUUUAUACAUCACAAUUUGAAAUUGAUAUUUAUUUUAGCAUGUAUUUAAUAAUCAAUAGUUGCUUCGACAUUUAAUUAAACUAUAAUCAAGAUAACAUUUCAAUUAUUGCGCUUUUAUUGAUUCUGCUUAAUAAAAAUUCAUUUAAAGUUUUGUCUGUUAAAAAAA